AUGGAACACUACAACACUAAAUGUGCGGGAGUUAAACGCCUCAUGAAGGAAGCUCUGGAAUUACGGGAACCCACUGACAUGUAUUUUGCUCAACCACUCGAAACAACCAUUAUUGUCAUUGUCAGUAUUCUUCAGGACAACCUCUUCGAAUGGCAUUUCACUGUACGUGGUCCGCUUGAGUCGGAUUUUGAUGGUGGGAUUUACCAUGGACGGAUUCUUUUUCCGCCUGAAUAUCCUAUGAAACCACCUAAUUUGGUUAUACUUACGCCUAAUGGACGCUUUGAACUGAAUAAAAAGAUAUGUCUGUCAAUUUCUGGGUAUCACCCUGAAACAUGGCUUCCAUCUUGGUCAAUUCGAACUGCACUGUUAGCGCUAAUUGGGUUCAUGCCAACUGCUGGAGCAGGAGCAUUGGGUAGUCUGGAGUACCCUGUUGCUGAGAGAAGAAAAUUGGCGAGGAAAAGCGUUGAGUGGAAAUGCAAGCACUGUGGGGUGUGUAUGAAAGAUGUGUUGAAGCCUCUUACAGAGGAUGCAAAGAAGAGUAACAAGGAAGCGAAAGAACUUGCAUCUCAACUAAGCUUUAAAGUAGGCCAUUUUCUUCCACUUAUUUUUUUUUAG